AUGUGUCCGUACUGCCUGGCCGGCUCUUUGCGCUGCAGCUUCGAAGAAAUUGAUCAGGACCCUAGCUGGACAGAGACACUGUUUGAAAGCCGUCCUUGGGACGCGGCCCCGGUCCUUACAACAGUUCCUUUCGAUCAGGAGCGGCCGGAAUUUGUCUUUAAGUUGGAUUUAUUCCACGUGAUGAAGGUGGGUUUAUCCCGGCAUGUUGUUGGAUCGCUGAUCAUCAUUCUCUCCAAACUUGGCUACUUUGACCUUGAUCCUCACGGUGCAGAAUCUCAUGAUAUCAAUGACAGGCUUUCGAGAGCACAUGGACUCUUCAAACUGUGGUGUGCUGGGGUAGGCAAAUCGCCUGGCCUGCGCUCAUUCACGAGAACAUUCAUGAACUGCAAGACAUUCUCUUGCGCUCCCUGGGCCAACAGUAAGGGUUCGGACACCACUUUAUUGGUUGCAUGGCUGACUUUCUUUAUCUCCCUCACUCUACAGGGUCUGACCCAGGAUCAUGGUGACAGGUUUUUCCUUAGCGUGGCCAAGACUGUUCUAGAGAACAUCAAGGGUAUGCAUCAGGUGUGCGAGUCACAUGGACUCUGGCUCGAUCGCUCUUGUGGCCAGAAUCUGUACGCGAGAAUGAUCCUUGUGGCUAAGGGGUACAAUGUGCUCGCCAAGCAAGGCAUUGAUUUGGGGAUAGUCUCCUUCAGUAUGAUUCCGAAGUACCACGCAUUGAAGCAUGUAGCGUUUCAGAUCCGUUCGCAGCUACGUCGAGGUUGUCCACGGAUCUUGAAUCCACAGAUCGAUUGUUGCGAGUCCAAUGAGGAUCACGUAGGCAAGGUUGCGGCCUUGUCCCGGCGUGUCUCCACCAGGUUGCUCACUCGGAGGGUAAUUCAGAGAUACUUUCUGAAGACCCGUGCGUUGAUCGUCAGACAUGUCAAGUCGCAUGGAGCUGGAUUCCGAUGA